CCAAAUUAUUUUAUAAUUAUGAUAAACAACAAUCAUGUAAUAACUCCGCCACGAUCACCAAAAUCUGGACGUAGGAAGCGAUAUCCAGCCGACAUUCCAGACAUUGACUUUGAUGAUGGAGUUGGCGAGCCUCCUUUUCAAUUUGACUCGAGCGAUUUAGGAUCGCCAAAAAAGGUUUGGUCAUUGUUGUGCGAGAAAGACGAAAAAUAUAAGCGUGACCCGCAUCUCUUUUUACGUCAACAAAGGAUUAAUCCUAAAAUGAGAGCAAUGCUUAUUGACUGGCUAAUGGAUGUCUGUGCAGACAAACAUUUGCAUCGAGAAACUUUCCACCUAUGUGUUGACUAUGUUGACCGUUAUUUGGGUUUAGGCAGCAAUUUUGACUUUAAUCAUCAAAUUUCUCCUGGGAAUCUUCAAUUAAUUGGAUCUACUGCUCUUGUCAUUGCUUCUAAAAUUGAGGAAAUUUAUCCUCCAAAAGUAGCCGAAAUUGCUGAUUUCACUGAUGGGUUAGUUUUGAGUUUUAAUUUAAUUCAAAGAUUUUUUUAUUUUUGUUGUUGCGAGGAUCAGGAUAUUCGUGAUCUUGAGGAAAUUAUGCUUCAACGAUUAGAGUGGAAUUGUUAUCCAAUUACUGCCGUUCAUUGGUUGGCACUUUACAUGCAAUUAAUGAAUACUUGUGAUGUGUUGCCGGCUCAGCAAGUUAUUGUUUCUGCUGGUUAG